AUGACAAGUAACAGCACACCAGUCCUCUACGCAAUUCAAUAUUCAGAAUUUGAUAUAAAGAAAGGUGCCUGUGUUUAUUAUGAAACAAUGAAGACAAAUUUUAGCGAAGAUCAAAAAUUUCACUGGAUACGAAAUUUCGUCUGUCCAGAACCAAAUUUACAAAAUAAACUCAUCGUUUUGUCAAUCGAAAAUCAAAAACUGCUUGGCUGUCCGGUAAUCAUCUCCGAUGGUGAAAAAUAUAAAAACAAUCGUAAUGAAUUUCGUUUCAAUGCUUGUUUUAUCAUUCCAUCACAAGCUGAUGCGCUCAAAUAUGAAGUUGCUGUGAGAAAGCUAGCGAAAUAUCUUCGUACACUCGAAAUCGAUUCAUGUUUCUUAACUGAUGAAAGUCUCAAAAAGCAGUUUCUCAAACCAGCACUCGAUGAAAUCGUCCGACAAAUCAAUGAUAGUGGCGAACAGUGUUCUGUGAAAAUGUAUUCGUCCGUGUUUGUUAAUUUAAAAUUACUUGAACAACGAGCGGAACCUCCACCUGUAGCUUCUUCGGAUGUGCCCAUGUUUUGUAAUAAUAUCGAUUUAAGUGAUCUUGAGCAAAUGGACCCGAUGACACAACGAGUUAUCGCUAGUAUUGAUGGUCUACGACAUGUAAAUAAAAUAUCCCAGGACACAGAUACAGAACUGGCUUUAGUCAAAGCAGCAAUGCAGAAUUUAAUUUAUCAUAAUGUGAUUCGACUUGUCCCAAUAUUUUCCUAUAAGAAUCGUUAUAUUGUCACGCCGAAGAUUCAUGAGCUCUACGCGGAUGUGAAUCUCCAGAAAGAAUUAGUUUUCUUCGUUGUUCGCAAUGGUGCGAAAGAUUGUGCUUCGUUCUACGAAUGUUUUCGUAUGAUCUGCGCAUUUGAUCAUGGUUCACUUGUAAAAGACGUGGUGAAUAAGAUGAAAGCAAAUAAUAUCGAUGAAAAAAAACUAGUGCAGUAUUGUGCGUUGAAAGGUUAUUUACGUCGGGUACGAGAGUAUCGUAUAUCAAUGGAUGAAUCGAUCUACAUGAAUAACAAUACGGAAACUUCGAACGGAAAUGCCGAAGAAGUCGAACCGGCGAAGUCGAAAUUUAAGAAAACAAUUCGUGAUCUAUGUGACGGAACGAACGACACUGACAGUAUAGCUUGUCAUGGCUACAUCUUCACUUCACGUUCGAUUCCAACAGCACGAAAACCGACUCAACAACCAAUAACUCCAAUGGAUUCUUAUUUAACUCUUUGGAAAUAG